GUUAUCUCCCAUUACAACAUGGCAACAUGUCAACAGCUUGUCGCAUGCUUCAAAAUAUGACACUUGUCCACAACGAGUUAGCGGUGUCUCUAGUCCCCAUUGCUCAACAUGGAUGUUAACCUUGGAGGAUUUUUAUAGAAAUAAUUUAUAAAACUGAUCACAGCCACUAACAAGCAUGUCUCGUGUCAAUAAACCGCGGAAGAAGGGUAGUGGGGCCCCGCGGAGUAGACUAGGAACUCUUCUGGAAGCUUCUCACAGAUUCAAACAAACUCUUAAAAGAGUUUCUGAAAACCCGAACAGGAAAAAAUCGGAAAAAAGGAUUGAUUUGGUAUUGGUUCACCCGAGGAACAGGGACGAUGAAAAGGAGGACGCUGAGGAAAAAAGGGAACGCCUCAGACGGAAUAUCUUACGAGACUGUUUUGAGAAAAGGUUGAAGCAGGAACAAUUCAAAAUUAAGGAGAAGCAACAUGGAAAUAAUGUGUAUAAAAUGUUACAUUGCUCAUUUGAGAGACUUUGUAAAGAAGCAGAGAUUGUGAAUUUAGAAAUGAGACUGGAUUCUAAAUGUACAGCACAGACCCUGAGAAAUAUACUUAUGAAAGAAAAGGCCAAACGAAUGUCUGCGAAGCAGGUAGCAACAUCACAAUAUACAGGAGCAGAUCCUCCGCCUGCCUCGACAAACAGCAAACAGCCAUGGAAACUGAAGAGAGAAGCCAAACCAGAAACCAGAAAUGACAACCCCCCUGAAGGACAGUGCUGUGGAUCAUUUCGGGGAUGGCUGCGACAAAAAGAGAAAGACUUUUUCGAUCCUGAUCCCGAGGACAUUGAGGACUUUGAAAGUACGCCCUUCAUCAUGGACCGUUACCAUAUCUACAAGGGUCACGAGGAACCCAACACAUUCUUCAGACCUUCUGUUAGGUCCCUAUUGGUAAAACAUAUUUUGAUCAACUUGGAUAUUCGAACUGAUCUUGAGGCUAUGGACUUUCAACUGAAAGACAGCAAAGGACCUACGAGACAGUGCUGUGUAUGUCUAGAUGAUGAUGACGAUGACGAUGAAGAUGAUGAAGAAGAAAAGAAGUUACAAAAAAUAGCUUUACCCUACCUGAGGAUGAAGGAAGUAUACACAGACUCACUCAUUCUCCAUGAUGUGUCCAAAUGCUCCAUUAAAUACGAGGAUGCCGAAUCCAGGAUGAAGAAGGAGCAUAAGAAAGAACUGAAUCAGAACUUUAAUAUCCAGGACGAUCCAAGAGAAGACUUAGACAAACGGUGGACAUCCCUGUACAAAUACCAGCCUCUCAUGAAAAUACGCAACUACUUUGGGGAGAAGAUUGCCUUCUACUUUGCCUGGAGUGGCCUGCUAAUCACUUCUCUGUGGGUUCCUAUGCUGCUGGGGUUUGCCAUCUUCUUGUACGGUCUCUACCUCAGUAUAACAGGCAAGAGCACAACAUUGCCAUACCAGUCUUCUACCACGACAACACUGGCUCCAAAUACCACAGCAGCUCCUGAAGAUGUAUCCUCCCUUGCUGGCCUGGCCUUGGAAAUCAUCAAAAGUUCCUUUGACAAUGAGGUCACCCCGUAUUUUGCCUUGAUCAUUUGUAUUUGGGGUACCUUGUUCCUGGAACUAUGGAAGCAGAAGUGUGCCCGCUGUGCCUACCUUUGGGACGUACAGGAGUAUGAGGCUAACGAACCAGACAGGCCCGAGUUCUUCAGCACAACAUUUAAGGAGGACCCUGUGACAAAAGCCAAGGAGAUGUAUUUCCCAACCAAGAAGCAGAACAUCCGAUACCUCACCUCAUUCUCCACGCUGAUGUUCAUGAUCCUGAUCGUACUGACCAGUGUCGUCUCCAUUAUCAUCUACCGUGUCAUCACUAGUGUUGACUACUGCCCAAACAUGGACCCCACCUCCUGUCUCCUAGCAACCACUGUUGUGUCCUCGGUACUCAACACUGUCUCCAUCCUCAUCCUCGGCAAGGUUUACGAUUACCUGGCUGUGAAGCUGACAGAUUGGGAAAACCACAGAACCCAGACUAUGUAUGAUGAUGCCCUGAUCAUCAAACUCUUCGCAUUUCAAUUUGCAAACAACUACGCAUCAAGUUUUUACAUCGCAUUCUUCAGAGGGAGGUUUGACUAUGCUGGUAUCUUAGGUCUCGGAUCAGAGUACCGUGAUAGCUGUGAGGGGACGUGUAUGUCCCAGCUGUCCUUCCAGAUUCUCACCAACAUGCUCCUCAAACCCCUACCGAAGGUGUUCUCCGACAUCGUCAAGCCACUUCUGAUAAGGAUGUGGAGGAAACGGCCAUCCUGUAUGCAGGGUGAGAAGCCGGAGUUGACAGAGGACCUUGACAUAGAGCUACGGGCUCUACAUUAUCCAGAGACACUGCAGUUCAUGGACAAAGAGUACAUGAAACCUACUCUUGGUGAUUUUACUGUAGGAGAAUACACGGAGAAAAUCAUUCAGUAUGGAUUUCUUAUGCUGUUUGCAGCCUCUCUGCCCCUUGCUCCACUCAUAGCUCUGUUAACCCUGCUGAUAGACAUCCGUGUGGACGCUAAACGGAUGUUGUGGUGGUACCGCAGACCGACGGCCACCGUCGCCCAGGACAUAGGUACUUGGUUCACCAUUCUCCAGAUCGUUAACGUGUGUGGGGUGGUAUCCAAUGGUUUCAUCAUCGCCUUCACCUCGAGCUGGGGACAGCAGUACGACAUUGUCACACAGCUCUGGAUCGUCAUCGGCUUUGAGCAUAUAGUUUUCACCAUCAAAUUUUUGUUGGCCUACUUCAUUCCUGAUAUUCCUGAUGAUGUGGCCCUGAUGAUGAGGAAGCAUCAACACUGGAGGACACACAAGCUGGCACAGAUACUGGAGGAAGAUAAAGAUCAGGAGAAGGAAACACUGCAGGAAACGCUGCUUCAGAACAUUAUCAGGAGCGCAGAGUUGACUGAACUCAUCGGCCUGGAGGUUUACAGCGAGGAAGACUACCGACGUCGUCAGAGUCAUGGAGGUGGAGGUGGUUUAGGUGGCAGUGGUUUAGGAGACGGUGGAACAGCAGAACCUACAGCACACAGAGAGGAGGAACCGAAAAAAAAAAAGAGCAAGCCUGAACCAGAAAAUUCUGUGCCAACACAUCAUACCCUUAAUGAUCAGACUCCAGUGGAGGAUCCAGAAUACCCUCCGUUCCGGGGAGGUCCUGACCCCUUGACCCCACCUAUGAGUGAGGUCAGGAGCAAGCACACUGCUGAUCAUGGUAUAGAGUAUGAUGAUGAUGAUGACAACCAUGUAAGAAAGAUGAAAAAGAAGAAAAAGAAAAAUGAUAAAAGGAGAAAGCAAUAUGGUGAAGACCAGUUGAUCAUUGACUGUGAUGAAUAUGAACUAGAGGACCAGGGUGUGAGAUCAAGGAGGCGUGUUGCACCACUGACUCCUCCUCCUUAUGAUGCAGCACCAGCCCAUCAAAAACUUCCAGGUCAGCUGUCAUUUCGAGUGAAGGGUCCCACUGGGGAGGAUCUUGGAGAGUAUGUUCCAGCCUCAGGAAGGCGACACCGACAUCACCAUGACGACUCUGUUGCUUAGAUAUAUAUAUGCAGCAACCAAAAACAGUGGAUGUCCUGAAAUAUCUUCACCCUCCAAACUGAUAUCACCAUGACAACUAUAUGUCACCAAGGUUACUUAGAAACCAUGACUUUCUUAAAGCAUACUGAAGUUCAAAGCAACAUGACUAUGAUAAAUUGAUAUUGAGAUACAUAGUUAAGUACAGGUAUGAACAGUUAAGGAUAAAACUGUGUUUUCUCUGGUCACAAGUCUAGCUUUACCAUGUGUCACAAGUCUAGCUUUACCAUGUGUCACAAGUCUAGCUUUACCAUGUGUCACAAGUCCAGCUUUACCAUGUGCCAUACAUCCAGCUUUACCAUGCGUCACAAGUCCAGCUUUACCAUGUGUCACAAGUCUAGCUUUACCAUGUGUCACAAGUCCAGCUUUACCAUGUGACACAAGUCUAGCUUUACCAUGUGUCACAAGUCCAGCUUUACCAUGUGUCACAAGUCCAGCUUUACCAUGUAUCACAAGUCCAGCUUUUCCAUGUGUCAGACGGGUGUCUGUCUGCAAAUAAAUAAGUAACGUUUAUUAUUUAUUUUAAGCCCAUGACAUAAAACCACAAGAGUAAAGAUAAUUGUAGACAUGUGCCUAUUUUGCACAUUGUCAUGUACAAUAUACAUUGUAAGUUAUUCAUUUGUUAUACUGGAGGGUUGUGUAGUGUUAAGGAGGAAUAUCAGCCUUAAAUGCUGUGUAAACAAUUACCAAAGAAAUACAUCCAAAUAGUUUGAUUCGAACAUAAUUACACAGACAGUGUAUUUUAUAUGGGAGUUAAUAACUAACAAGUACUUGUAUGUAUUUUGUAAAUGAUUUUUGUUCUCGCUCUUACUCGAGGAGAGUCAGAAGAAGCUAGCUAAGAUGUAUGAUUCCAUAGUUUUGUUUUAUUCAGUAUAUAGAUAUAUGUCCUGGUAGAUAACCAGUAUUUUAAUAAUGUCAGGAUUUUUUAAUUUGUUUACUUCAUGGAUAUUUGUCAUUUUGAUCCUGUGCCACUUUUUGUUGUUGCCUUUUUUUUCAAGAGACAUGCCACGUACCUAUUUCACAUGAAAACUUUAUUCCAGUUUGUUUUGAGGAAGUCUCUAAUAUGUAGUCUUCCCAGCUCUUCAGACGUUCUCAGGUGGUGUUAUACAUAUUUCUAUAUACGUUUAUGUGAAACGUGGAUUGUGAUAUUUCUUUUUAACUUGUAAUCCACCUGGGGUUAGAAGUGUAAGUGACAGACUUCCACUUUAGUGUACCCCCGGUUCAACAUUGACACAUGCUAGCUCAUGUUAUGUUUUUUAGUGCUUUUGCAUGAAUUUGUAUAUGUUCAACAUAACAUAUAAGUUAUGAAUAAUCAUUAGGGCCCCACAUCAGCAAUCCAGGUGUCAUUCAUAACCUUUUGGGGUUUUGGGAGGCAUGUAAAAACAUAAACAGUUGUGUUAUAGUCAUUAUCCAACCUCUCUACAACUCCCCAGCCCACAUACUUUUAUACACCUACCAAAUUUGACCAAAUUUCUCGGGAGAAAAUAGAUUUAAAAACUUUAAUAAGUGUGUAACUGUUAAACAUAAUUCAACGGAAGUUUUAAUGGUGUUGAACAAAAAUCGUGAUCUAGAUAAGAACUUCAUUAUGUAUGUUACAUGUAGUGUAGCUCAGAGUGAUUUUAAAUAAUACAUAUCAUUAGGGCUAGAAUUGUAUUUAUAUUUAUGGUAUAUUUUGUAUUGUAAAAUGUAAAUGUUGUAUGUAGAAGUAAGUUAGAAUAGUGCCAUAUGAUAAAUAAUAGCUGUGCACUCUAGAUUAGCAUAGCUCUAGUCCACUAAUGUGAACAGCUUUGUCCAAGAUCCGUCCAGAAUUCUUUAAAAUGUGUAUAUUUAUAUGGUUUAUACAAUUUGUACUUUUAAUUACCAAUAAGAAUAUUAUUUAACAUAUUUGUGAAAGCUAUCUUCGUUGAAUUUCUUUUGAAAUUGUGAUUUUUUACUGAAAUGAACUUCAAUAUUGAAGUUAAAUAUCAUUGAAUCUUAAGUUCAUUUGAAUUCUUUGAGAUAUCUUUAUCACUUUUUAUUGAAUUGUUUUGGGAAGAUUGCAAAAUAUUAAAAAACAAACCCGAAAGAUUUGGUUUGGAGGGAGGAAAUGCAUUUUAAAAAUACAGGAUAUUUGUAUGCAACAUGUGUGAGUGUAACGUUUUUGAAAACAUCAAUAAAAAAUAACAUUUAUUCCAUUUUAAGUUGAGUAGAACAAGUUUGGUAAGAUUUGUUCAUAAUCAUCACUUUAUUAUUACAGUUUUCCAUCUGUUAGUAAUAAGUGUACUGCAGGAAGUAGACUUUCUAAUAUUUCAUUGGUAAAUGUACAGAGAAUUUCUGAUGACUUAAAGGAUUUCACAAGCUUUACAACAUAUAAUUAAACUACACACUUGUCAAUCUACUUCAGUCAGUAUAUAAAAGUAGACAGUAGAUAGGAGAUAGGUCAUGCCAAUCCAUUAUUGAAUCAGUUUAAAUAGAAAAACGUGUUAAAUCCCAAAAGUAGCCAGUCAAGGAUGAACAUAAGACCAGUUGAUUGACUGGUGAACUUAACAUUUGUGAAAUAUGCUUCCUGCAUUAGCUGACCAGAUAGUGUGACAACCAGAGUAUAGAAAAACCAGACAGGUUCAACUGGUGAUCUGUAUCCAUGUAUUUUAAUUUCAUAGUCAUAGAAUAUGCGACACAUUGUACUGUGCAGAAAUGACAUUGAUAUUUUCUUUGGAAUAAUGGUCAUAUUCUCAGGACAUCAUUCAAACUUCAAAUUGUUUAUAAUCAGACAUAACGAGAAGAUAACAGGGUUAUAGGGGCAGCAUCACUCCCAGUCAACCAUGUAUACUUGAGGAUGAUUACAGGGUUAUGGGGGCAGCAUCACUCCCAGUCAACCAUUUAUACUGGAGGAUGAUUACAGGGUUGUAGGGGCAGCCUCACUCCCAGUCAACCAUGUAUCCUGGAGGAGGAUUACAGGGUUGUAGGGGCGGCAUCACUCCCAGUCAACCAUGUAUACUGGGGGAUGAUUACAGGGUUGUAGGGGCAGCAUCACUCCCAGUCAACCAGGUAUACUGGAGGAUGAUUACAGGGAUAUGGGGGCAGCAUCACUCCCAGUCAACCAUGUAUACUUGAGGAUGAUUACAGGGUUAUGGGGGCAGCAUCACUCCCAGUCAACCAUUUAUACUGGAGGAUGAUUACAGGGUUGUAGGGGCAGCCUCACUCCCAGUCAACCAUGUAUCCUGGAGGAGGAUUACAGGGUUGUAGGGGCAGCAUCACUCCCAGUCAAACAGGUAUACUGGAGGAUGAUUACAGGGUUAUGGGGGCAGCAUCACUCCCAGUCAACCAUUUAUACUGGAGGAUGAUUACAGGGUUGUAGGGGCAGCCUCACUCCCAGUCAACCAUGUAUCCUGGAGGAGGAUUACAGGGUUGUAGGGGCAGCAUCACUCCCAGUCAAACAGGUAUACUGGAGGAUGAUUACAGGGUUAUGGGGGCAGCAUCACUCCCAGUCAACCAUGUAUACUUGAGGAUGAUUACAGGGUUAUGGGGGCAGCAUCACUCCCAGUCAACCAUGUAUCCUGGAGGCGGAUUACAGGGUUGUAGGGGCAGCAUCACUCCCAGUCAACCAGGUAUACUGGAGGAUGAUUACAGGGUUAAAGGGGCAGCAUCACUCCCAGUCAACCAUGUAUACUGGUGGAUGAUUACAGUUUUAUGGGGGCAGCAUCACUCCCAGUCAACCAUUUAUACUGGAGGAUGAUUACAGGGUUGUAGGGGCAGCAUCUCUCCCAGUCAACCAUGUAUCCUGGAGGAUGAUUACAGGGUUAAAGGGGCAGCAUCACUCCCAGUGAACCAUGUAUACUGGAGGAUGAUUACAGGGUUAAAGGGGCAGCAUCACUCCCAGUCAAACAUGUAUACUGGAGGAUGAUUACAGGGUUAAAGGGGCAGCAUCACUCCCAGUCAACCCUGUAUUCUGGAGGAUGAUUACAGGGUUAUGGGGGCAGCAUCACUCCCAGUCAACCAUGUAUACUGGAGGAGGAUUACAGGGUUAUUGGGGCAGCAUCACUCCCAGUCAACCAUGUAUACUGGUGGAUGAUUACAGUUUUAUGGGGGCAGCAUCACUCCCAGUCAACCAUUUAUACUGGAGGAUGAUUACAGGGUUGUAGGGGCAGCCUCACUCCCAGUCAACCAUGUAUCCUGGAGGAGGAUUACAGGGUUGUAGGGGCAGCAUCACUCCCAGUCAACCAUUUAUACUGGAGGAUGAUUACAGGGUUGUAGGGGCAGCAUCACUCCCAGUCAAACAGGUAUACUGGAGGAUGAUUACAGGGUUAUGGGGGCAGCAUCACUCCCAGUCAACCAUGUAUCCUGGAGGCGGAUUACAGGGUUGUAGGGGCAGCAUCACUCCCAGUCAACCAGGUAUACUGGAGGAUGAUUACAGGGAUAUGGGGGCAGCAUCACUCCCAGUCAACCAUGUAUCCUGGAGGAGGAUUACAGGGUUGUAGGGGCAGCAUCACUCCCAGUCAAACAGGUAUACUGGAGGAUGAUUACAGGGUUAUGGGGGCAGCAUCACUCCCAGUCAACCAUGUAUCCUGGAGGAUGAUUACAGGGUUAAAGGGGCAGCAUCACUCCCAGUCAAGAUACUUUCUGCUACUGUAUUUCUGUCAUUUUUUGCAGUUGAAAUUGAUUUACAUUUUUUAAGAAUUGCUAAUAUCUUUAAAAUAAUGUUGCAGAAAACCCCCCAGUUUGGUGCUAUAAUAUGUGUAGGUGUGGCAUGGUAUUGUGAAACAAGGGGAAAUAACUGGUGCAUAGCUAACAAAAUAACACUAUGGCACUAAUCUUAAUCAACCAAAAAGGACACAUAUUUUUUUCUUAUUGACUUUGACCAAAUCUUUUUAAGUUUAGUUAGUUAAGUUUAAAGAGUACUUAAACAAUAAUCAGGCAAGGUUAUUAUAUAUAAUUUAUGUAGUUUCUGGGGGGAAUGGAAAAUAAGUUUAGAGCUGAUAUUAAUUUCAAUCAAUUUUUAAUUCAAAAUAUAUAAAUACCAGAGUUCCUUAUAAAACUAAUGAUAAUAGGAAGCAAGGUUUUUACGGGCUUCACAAUAAGAAAUUAAAACUGUACUUUGUUGUUUUAUAGUCAAAAAAUGUAUGAACCCGGUUUCAUGUUUAACUUCUAAUUUGGUGGAAGGAUGUUUUUCAGUUAUAUUAAUUGUGGUAGUGGUUUACUUACCAUUAUAAAGAUGCAUAAGUACUUAAUUUGUGAUUACUUAGAAAGUGAAAUUCUAACUGUAACAUUUGUCUUGUGAAUAUUUUUCAACCAUGUAAUGUUAAAAAUAUUUUUCUAAAAACAUUGAUCAGUGCCUCUCAAAAAUAUUUUCCUAGGAAUUUGCCACCAAGUAAAAUAAAAUACUGGCUUGGUAGUAGACCAGUACUAAAAUGGCAUUUUUGUCCCAUUUUACAUUUUUGUCUAUGCUACCGGUAAUUAAGCUUUUUGAAAUCUACCAUUAAAGCAAAUAAAAUUUUCAAUUUAUUCAGUCCUGUCACUGAAGAAUAUUUAGGAAGACAGCACAUAGACAACAUACGUUUAGACUGUAUAUAUGUUAUUGAUCCCCAGUAUUAUUCGGUAGGAGUUAUACCAAUAUUUUGUAUUCCAUGAUAGAUAGGGUCUUUUCCAUCCACACGAUCUUCAACGUACGUUUUUUAUAUUUAAAUGUACAUGCCAAUAUUUUUCUACAUUUAUGCCUGAUAUUGUUAUGUAAUUUUAUAGAAAUAUUUAGAAAUGUAUGCUUAAGUAAUGAUACAAACUAAUAAUAAAGAAAAAUA